GAGCAACUAUGCAAAUAGAACGCUUGGAAGCUAGCAGCAAAAAGCACUAAGCUUGAAGGAGUGAAAGGACAACAUCAAAAGACAAACACACAACAGUAGUCAAAUAGAUUUGCUGAAAAGUGCUGACAUACAUACAUACAAAAAUAUAUAUUUACAUACAUUAAUAUUAGCAAUGAUAACUUGGCAAAAAGUCAAGUCAAGCAGAGAGCUGUGAUUGCAUUUUGAAUGGCUGGAAGAAGGAAUUGAACAAUCGCUGAUCGAUAAUAGAGAAACAGAAGUGCAAAUUGCAUGCCAGCAACACGCAAAAUAAAUUUAUUUGAUUUGUUCGUUGAUUUAGUGGUGCAAUUUGAAAUUUGUCGUUGGGAAAAUAUUCGACAGACUGAAUAACGUAUAUUAACACAGGAAGCUUCCUUUGCACAUUUACCAACCGUAAUUUGUCCCGCUUCAGCUGAAAGCUGUGCUCUACAUUCCUUUAUUUAGUUGAUUUCGCAUAUAAAUAAUUUUUAUCCAACACAAAAAUGGUACAUGCACCAGCGCGCAAAAAUAAAACUGCAAAUGGCAACUGUGAUUUGGUGGAGGAUGUGCUGACGCCGGUGCCACCAGAUGGUGGUUGGGGUUGGAUGGUCGUCUUCGGAUCCUUUAUGAUACAUAUUAUAACGGAUGGUAUGACAUACUCUUUCGGUCUCUUCUAUAAUGAGUUUCUCAGUUACUUUAAUGAAGGCAAAGGCUACACAGCUUGGAUAGUGUCCAUCAUGGUGGGCGUUACCUAUGCUUCGGGUCCCAUUUCUUCGUCCUUCGUCAAUCGCUACGGCUGUCGCGCAGUCACCAUAGCCGGUUCCAUAUUUGCCGCCGCCUGCAUCGUUGCCAGCAUAUUUGCACAAAAUGUGCUAACACUCAUUUUCACAAUUGGCAUCGGCACCGGCUUUGGUCUGGGACUCAUUUAUCUGCCGGCCAUUGUAAGUGUGACAACAUGGUUCGAAGCGAAACGUUCGCUAGCCACCGGCAUUGCGGUGUGUGGUUCCGGCUUUGGUACGUUCGUAUUUGCACCGCUCACCGAACAUCUGAUCGGUUCGUUUGGUUGGCGUGGUGCGAUGCUCAUCAUUGGUGGCAUUGUAUUGAAUUGCAUUAUCUUCGGUGCGCUCUUUCGACCAUUGGAACCACCAAAACCAGAAAAAGUGAAGAAAUCCAGCAUUAUUGAUAAUCACACAACGAGUGCAGAGCUGAAACCGCUAAAAUCAGCUGCGGAUGGCGGAGAUCAGUAUUUGCAGUUGCCAGUGGCGCAGGCGCUGUGUCGCUCAAACAGCGUGGGACAUGGUUUCAAUAGCAAUAAUUUGCGACAGCUGCGUCCCUCCUUGGCGCAUUGCCGGAUGCUCUCGCUCGACUUGACAAUGCUGUUAGCGCAAGUAAAAUGUAGUUCGUUCCCAACACCGUCAGACGAUUCCCAUAUAAAUCAAACAGACCAUACUUUCCUGCUAUACGCAAAUGUAUAACAACCAGACUGUGAGCAAUGGUGCAAAUGGCAAAACCCCAGACCCGACUAGCGCACAGAGCACCAGCAGCACGGAUAUGGUGCG